AUGUCGUUGUCCGGUUUCGAAUUCUCCUCGAUCAUCGCCGUCCUUCUGCUCCUCAUUCAGUUGUCUUCAGCGGCUGUUCUUCCAGUCGAUUACGCAUCCCAAUACGGAGUAGCUUCCGCUGAUGAGAUGACAGCACUUCCAGAAGAGGGAUCCCUGUUCGCCGAACGACCAGCAAAGAGAGCUCAAACCUUCGUUCGAUUCGGAAAAAGAGCACAGACGUUCGUGAGAUUUGGAAAGCGAGGACAGACUUUUGUACGAUUCGGACGGAGUGCUCCAUUCGAGCAGUAA